AUAUUGCUUCAAACAGCUGUUUGCAGUUCAGUGUAAUUUGGCGCGAAAUCACCAUGAGGAUAACUUAACCUUAAAAACAUUAUGCUCUGCUUAUCUGUUUCUGUAUAAUUUCAGUUUUCUCUUAUUUUUCUUCAGUUUCAUAAUUUAUUAUAUUUCCGAUUAUUAACUAUUUCCGAGCGUGUCGUGUUAUUAAUUAAUACCAUUCUUGUGACCCUAAAUUCAAUACCGUAUCAAUUAUAAAUCGUUUAGCAAUGUCAAACGAUAAAGAAAUUGCAUUUAAACCGGAAACCAUAAAACACAUACUGAAGAAAACAUUUACGGAACCAAAAACGAAGAUAUCAGAUGAUGCAGUACGUGUGUUGGCUGAGGUACUUCGCCUUUAUACCAUUGAAGCUGCCCUCAGGUCAGGCGUACAAGCAAGUCGCGAAGCAUCAUCAACUGUUUCCAUCAAUCACAUAGAAAAAAUUUUACCUCAACUGAUCUUGGACCUUUAAAAUCUAUUAAUUUAUUCGGAAACUGUUUAUCUUUUUCUCCAAUAAUGUCGUUAAAAUUUAUUGAAUUUGUUGAAUUUGAUUUUGUAAACCCGUACUCUUAAUAAAAUAAUAGUCAUUCUAAUUCAAUA